GUACGGCAAUUCCCAGCUCGGCAACUUUACGACAACCAUGAGUGGCCUCGCCGACGAACUGCUUGCCGACCUUGAUGGACUCUCAGAUGCUGAAGAAGAAUACGAAGAGAAAAAUCUCCGUCAAAGAAAGGCAGAUGACGCCGGUUCCGAUGCUGAAACGGACGACAAUGAAGAGGAGGCCGGUGAAGGCCAACAAGCAGUGGGCAGCCUGGUUCUUGCUGGAGGCGUCAAACCGGCAGAAGAACUUGACGCUGAAGACGUGCAACAGAUGGAACUGGGCAGCGUUGAGGACGUGACCAAUAUUGCUAAACUUGAUGGGAGUAAGAGAAUGACCGACCUUUUAAAGGAAAUCGAAAAAUACCAGGCAAAUCCUAGCACACCCGAAGCUAUGGCGUUGCCCGCCCAUAUGAAUCCUGAAUACACACUCAUUGUCCAAGCCAACAACCUUUCUGUUGAUGUUGAAAACGACAUAAUGGUCGUUCAUAAGUUCAUUCGAGACCAUUAUGCCCCAAAGUUUCCUGAGCUCGAACAACUAGUGACUGACCCGGCAAUGUACAUUCGUUCUGUGCGCGUUCUUGCGAAUAACGAGGACCCUACGAAAGUCGACUUAUCCGGCGUUCUGCCUCCAGCUAUAAUUAUGAGUGUCGUCGUCACUGCCACAACAACGUCAGGCAAGCAAUUAACCGACGCCCAGUGGGAGGCUGUCCGGCGGGCCUGUGACCUUGCAGACCGUUUGGAAGAGGCCCGGAAAAAGAUAUUCAUGUACGUCAGUUCUAGAAUGAACGUCUUGGCACCCAAUCUUUCAGCAAUUGUUGGCACCACUACAGCCGCGAAACUCCUAGGUGUUGCGGGCGGCCUCAGCGCAUUGGCGAAAAUGCCGGCUUGCAAUGUUCAUCUCCUCGGCGCUCAGAGGAAAAUAACGGCUGGCUUUUCAACAGCUACGCAAAAACGGCAUACAGGAUUCAUAUUCCAGUCUGAACUUGUGACACAAACACCACCAGAAUAUCAGCUCAAAAUACAACGCACAAUUGGGGCAAAGUCCGUUUUGGCAGCUCGUAUGGACCUGGAACGUCAGCGCCGGGAUGGUUACAUAUCGAUCGUCCUCGCCGCUCCUCCUCCCUCCAAGGUGACGAAAGCUCUACCAGUUCCAGGGGACGGACCAAAAAAACGAAGAGGCGGGAAACGGGCACGAAAGGCCAAAGAAGCCUAUGCGCAGACAGAAUUACGGAAGCUGCAGAAUCGCAUGGCUUUCGGAGAGGUGGAACAGGAAGUGGGUGCCUUUGAUCAGACCAAGGGGUUGGGUUUGAUCGGUGCUGGUACUGGUAAAGUCCGGGCAGGCAUGGGAGAAGCUAACAGCAGAGCCAAAUUAUCCAAAGCCAAUAGGUUACGUACGUCUGCAUUGACUCGUGCCGCCCAAGUUUCGGAUUCAGGAACUGCAACUUCAUUGAGUGUUACACCAGCACAAGGAUUUGAACUUACGAAUAGGGCAGCUGCUGCCCAGCGCGUAAAGGAGGCUAAUGAGAGAUGGUUUGCUGCUGGGAGCUUCUCAUUUGUAGGUCAGAAGGGUACUUGACCAUGGGUGUACACGGUGUCCGAGCUUAUACUAUCCACGAUACGAUGAUUAU